CGCUCCCAGACAGCUCUCUCUUUUCAUCAGUCUGCCAUCCACCUGUCUUUCCUUUCUCUCUCUACCCUCUUUUUCAACUCAUCACCCUGUUUCUGCUCGGGGACUCUUUUGUGUGCGUGAGAGAGUGUGUGUGUGUGUGUGUCUUUGUGAGUAGGAGUGUGCGAGUUUGUUUUCGUGUGUGCGUGUGUGUUUGUGUGUGUGUGUACGUCUGGACUGAUGGCGCUGGGAAUGCCGCACUCGGACGCGAAGAGUUCCCUGAAUGGGAGCGCGGCGGACAUGGAGCAGAGCUGGGAUGCGGAGGGCCCUCCACCGCCCCCCAUGCAGAGCUACCUCCUUCUCACCAUCUUCACCUGCUUCUGUCCAGCCUACCCGGUCAACAUCGUCGCCCUGGUCUUCUCCCUCAUGUCGAGGAAAAGCUAUGAAUUGGGCGAUUACGAGGGCUCGAAGCGGCUUGGCAAGCAAGCGUUAAACGUUGCGAUCGCCUCUGUGAUCAUUGGCAUCCUCAUCAUCAUCAUCUUCAUCAUCGUCCAAUUCGCCAAGAUUGACCUCUGAAGGAACACAUUUCUUGAGGGUGGAGGCAUCGUUUCUUAACCUGUGCAUCUGUGGGUGAAUAUGCAUGGACAGGAACCCUAACUUUACGGACUGAAAAAAGGGGUUUGGGGAACAUCACUGGAAUGAAAUCCCUAUAGUGGUAAGGUCUUCCAGCCCAACUUUGGUUUCCAAGGAUGGUUUCACUGUCCUCGGCCUUGCAGGAGCUCUCUUAGGCUGUGGAUCUGACCAUCAAUGGCUGACCCAGGAAUAUAUUCAAUCAAUGAAGGUGUCAGGAAGCAAACACUUCUGUCAUUCAGCUGGCUUCAAAUGGGUCAUUCUAUGAAACAGGUGCGAUUUGCGUCUAUGACAUUUGACGAAAUGCAUAAGGCACAAACUUGAGCGAAAGUGUGUUUCAAAAGCCUAAAGCUAAUAAUUCAAGGGUUCUUGUUAACAUGAUGUAUAAGAAACUAUUCUUACAGAGUAUUACACUGUUUUAACCAUUUUACACAAGUGCAUGGCCAUUUCGUGUGUCCGGGUUGACCAACAUGCCAUUUACAUCAAACAUAUCACCACAUAAGUGUUUUACCUUAUUUUCAGAAUUAAAUCUAUUUUUCUGAUGACAUUAGACAUAUUUAUUCAGAAUAAUAUGGUUAUAUAUUUAUAUAUAUUUAUAUUAUAUAUUAGGUAAAUAUUUUAGGAUUUCUUUUGUGUGUCCCUUGGUUUGACUUACCAACCUGUCAUUAACUUGUUCUGUCUGUAAAUAACACAGCGUUUUCUUGAAAUUAUAUCACAAAAACACUUUUUAAUAUUGUCUGCCUGUAGAGCACCCAAGAAACUAAGCUGAAUAAUCUGACAUUCUUUUACAUUGUUUAUUUGUUGUCUUUUCAUUACUAUGAGUGGGUCUGUCUAGCUUAAUCCAACCACCCUGUCACGCAAAUUAGAUAGGAAUGAGUGUAAAGUUACUAAUACAGUAAAACACUAUCAUUGCUAAGCAAAUUACAUUUGUAAUUGAAG